UUUAAGCAGCGGUGUUUCUGGUUGUUGCGCUACUUUCGAAAGUGGUCUAACUGAAAGUUAUCUCGUUUUAUUUGUUUGAGACUAAUUACAUAUAUACUUUGAGCUUCUGUUUCUGUCAAAUAUUUAUGUAGUUUGUGUUUCAUGUCAUUCUAUUCCAUUCUAUUCAAUCUUCUAUUUCAUGUCUGGUGGUCAUCCAAUUUAUAUUUAUUACAUUAUUCUUUUAGAUCUCUGUCAUUCCACACUCUGUCUUGGUGUUAUUUCGCAGUAUCUCGAGUAUUUAAAGUCAUUGAUAACGUUCUUGUAUUCUUCUAUUUGAACUUGUAUUCAUUCUAAAGUCAACUUCACGUGCUAACUGCAUAUUUCUGUUUAUUUACUUUGGCCUUCCCAAUCUACUUGUUUUGAGCAACACUCAGUUUGGAGUAAAUGAAAAAAAUGUUAUGUCAACUAUAUCUACUCACAACUCUUCACGAUGCAUAUAAUGCUCGGGUUCGCAAGUAGCUUCUCAUAUUUACGAACCUUGAGAUGUAAUACAGAUUCGUUAAUUUAUGGUCCCGUUCGUUGACUGAUACCUCCCAGUUAUCAUCAUAGUCUUAUUCAACAACUUUUUGACCCAUUUAGAGCAACACAACUCUGACAAUUUACUCGAGUCACCAAUUCCCGGUCUUAUGAUUUAUUGAAUUUGUAUGCCUUGUCCAUCACUAUGUGGUGGAUUUAUGCCUGGUGCCAACUCUGACUCUGUCCUCAGUUUCUAGAUCUUUACCUGAUUCCCUUAUUAAUUUGUCUUCAAUGUCUUAGUACGCUUACUGUCAUAUGGGAAAGAGUGACCAUUAAUAGAUGGGUUGAUCUUGUUGUUUCCAACAUAUGUAGUGAUUGAUUAUAUUAGUUUAGUCAACGGUCUGAUAUAACCUUAACUAAAAACACCUGCAAAGAGACCAAAUAAUCAGCUAUAUAUUGUCAUCAUCUCAAAGACUGCAGGCUAAAACGUCUUCUGAAUUACUGCUCUGAUGUUUUCACUAACUAGGUUUAACAUGUCAUUUGUCGAGUUAUUUAGUGACCAACCCUUUAAGAAUUUACUAACAAGAGAUUACAUUUUUUAUUCAAAUUAAAAAUGGGGUCUUAAAGGUUUAUUCUUGCUUUCUUCGUUAUAUAAACCCAGUGUUUUCUGGUUCCAAAGUCAGUAAUCUCUUUGUGAGUUACUGCAAAUAGCAAUAAUGAUAAGUCGAUAGUCAUAGCAGUUAAUCUCUUCAUAACGACCUGGUUCUAUUUCAAAAACCUACUUGUUUGUUUAUCUCGAUUGAUUCUUACUGAUUUCUCUAUCUGUUCGUUAAGAAUUGCAUACGAAUUCCGGUGUUUAUCGUCUUGAUUACUAACUGGUUCGUAGAAUAUGCUUGUUUAUGAUGCGCAAAAUGUCAUACUUUUCCUUUUUUGAAUAUGCCUUAAUCUUAGAUGUGGUUCAAUGGAACACAGCCUAAAACGCAUAUCGAAGAAGCUAAUCGUCACCUCAACGCAUUGACAAGUAAGAUCCAGGAAUUGGAGAUGAAACUAAAAACCAAGGAAGAAGAGUUAACCAAAAAAGAAGAAGACUUCAACACAGUUAUGCAGGAAGUACAUGUAAAACGUGAAACUGAAGUAAACAAUCUGAAUGAAUUAAUCUUUAAGCAAAAUGUAAAGCUUCAACGUUUAGAACGUGAUCUGCUCAAUCGGGAUUCAGAACUUAGCGUUUUACGUAAACGUUGUCGUAUGUUUGAUGAAGUACUUAGAUACAAAGCAACAUUAGCGAAACUGACUAUUACAAUGGAGCAAGCUGAACAGUAUGCGAAUUUAACGGCCAAAAGUUAUCCAAUCAAUGCUAAUAGUAACGGCAUAAAGAGUAAUUUUGACGUUAUCAAUACAGACCCAAGUCCACUUAUGAUACGAGAUAUUGGUUUUAGCACCGAUAAAACAGAAACCGAUGGUCUAAUUGAAGAAGUUGGCAAAACACUCAUUCAAUCUGAAGGUCAACGAACUAAAACCUUGGCUCAUAUUGUUAGUAAUGGUCAGUUGUAACUAUCUUUUCUACGUAUAUACUUGUUUGUCUUUCUUACACUAUUUUAUAUUCUCUGUUAUUGUCCCUUUAUAAUUAACUCUAAAACCCCACUUAUAUCCUGUUUUGUUUUUUAAACAUUUUUUAUCACUGUGAUUUAAUUUAGUUUGCAUAUAAACUAUUCAGUUGAUGCACUCUUACCUUAACUAAAACUUUAUAUUUACUUGGAUCAAACUGUGAUAUUUUUCAUAACAUUUAACUUGUAAUUUAAUAAUGACUGGUACAAUUAUUAAAGAUAAGCGAAGAUCUAGGGAAAUCAUCAAUUUAAAACUACAUGUUGAUUAUCAUUGUAAAAAUAUUGGGUUGACGUUUUAUAAAUGAGUGAUAAAAAAUAAUAUGUAUUACUGUUAUUGA